AUGAAACUUGAAGCCUUCUUGCGUACAUCAUCUAAUAAGAGCUAUCAAGUUUGGGCAUCCAAAUCGGAUUAUCAUGAACUGAUUGGAGCAGCUCUAAAGAAAGUUGCAAUUUGUGACAUUGCUGGUGCCGAAAAGAUUCUCCGGGAAGCCCAGAAACUAGAUUCGAGCCGACCAGAGGCCUUUCAGAACCUUUCUGGAUGCUUUGAGACAUCCUCGAGGGACAGUGAAGCCAUUGAAUACUCUAUGGAAGCGUGCAAACGUUGGGCUGUUGCAGGAUUAACAGGCAUGCUUGACAAUUUUUAUGAAAAGAAAAAUGUGGCGCUUGUGGGGUGGGCAAACAGCAUCUUCUUCCUUGCCGACAAGUUUGCGAAGGACAACGAGGGGCUUAGAAAGCCGAGCUGGUGGCGACAAGAUGGAAUGCUCAAGAGAGUUACAAAAUUGACACUUGCAGCAAUCUUAGCAGAUGAAGAGACAGCCCCAAUCACCAUUUUUAAAAUGAGAUGCAUUAGGGCAUGGACACUCUCUGGUAUUAUCAGUCAGGGGUUCUCUUGUGCGUACAUGAAAUUCGAGCUUGCAGUUCCUGAAGACCGCACUCCUGAAGAGCUCGUGGAAGCAUCAACUCUUCAAUAUUUUGUCCGAAGGCAUUGA